CAACCGUAUCUCAUAUGGAAUCCAACCUAGCCGAGAAUCCCUUCCUGGUCAUCAGUCGCUGGUCCCCUAAUCUUUCACUGCAAGAUACAAGCUGCUACGCCUUUUCUAAAAGUUCCGCUUACGAGCAUCUUUGAUGUCCAGUUUGAAGGCCAUUUCAAACCACCAUGAUCGUGACGGCAGCUACCGGAAAAAUGUCAAUAUGUGCAGUUCGAGCACCUCUUCUACGGCGAUCAUUCCUCCCAAAUCUCGGUGCGCGAAGCCUUCUGUCGACUCUGGCUCUUCUUGAACAGAGGGGUGGACAGCUCAACCGUGGAUCCCUAAGUGCUGUAUCGGCAGCAAAGAAACUGGGUGGUCCAGUCCAUGGGUUUUUGGCUGGCGAGAACGUCACAGGCGCUGCCGAGGAAGCUGCCAAAGUCCAUGGGAUCGAGAAGAUCCUGGCCGUCGAUAAUGAAGCUUACGAAAAAGGACUCCCCGAGAACUUCGCACCCCUACUUGCGGAGAACAUAAAGAAAGGCGGUUAUACCCAUGUCAUUGCUAGUCACACCGCCUUCGGGAAGAAUCUUAUGCCCCGCGUGGCAGCUUUGCUUGACCUACAGCAGAUCUCCGACGUAGUGGAUAUUGCAGACGAAAGCUCGUUUGUUCGCCCGAUCUACGCUGGCAACGCCAUAGCAACUGUGGAGUCCAUGGACCCUAUCAAGGUCAUCACCAUUCGAGGCACGGCGUUCCCGGCCUCUGAAGGCUCAAGUGGAACAGCAGCGGUAGUGAAGGGAGUUGACCCCCAACAGGGCUCUUCCACCGAAUGGGUAUCCGAAGAAUUGACAAAGUCAGAUCGGCCCGAACUUUCUACAGCUAGCAAGGUCGUCUCUGGCGGCAGGGGACUCAAGUCGAAGCAAGACUUCGAUAAUGUCAUUCUUCCACUGGCAGAUGCGUUGGGCGCGGCCGUAGGCGCAUCAAGAGCCGCCGUCGAUAGCGGCUAUGCCGACAACAGCCUCCAGGUCGGGCAGACAGGAAAAGUGGUAGCGCCCCAGCUAUACAUGGCAGUGGGAAUCUCAGGGGCUAUUCAGCAUCUGGCUGGAAUGAAGGACAGCAAGGUCAUUGCAGCUAUCAACAAAGACGCCGAUGCCCCGAUUUUCCAGGUCGCUGACGUCGGACUAGUUGGCGACUUGUUCCAAAAGGUUCCCGAGUUGACAGAGAAGCUAAAGCCAUAGGCUUUCUAAGAUAGGUACAUAAUGCUACAGAGUAUACGAUGACAAAGCGCCAUGUCCUCGGGAGACAGUUUG